CAUUAUGUCCCCCAUUUUUACAGACAAAAAAUCAGACCGAUCCAAUUCGACCAAACGUUUGAUACUGCCUAUAAUGCUGAUAGCUGCAAAUAUAUCUCUUCUAACAUUACUCGGGUUGCUGUCGUACGCUCUCGCACGCUCUGUCGCGAUUCGAAGACGUGCUAAACGACAAAAACAUGAUCGUGAUGGGCUUUUUGAGGAAACAUUGGGGCAUGUGUUAUUCUCACCCCCUACUGAACUCAACAAGACACCUAGUGGUAAAGGAAGCGUUACAGAGAAGAAAAAAUUUCACGCUACGCAUUCGUUUUGUCAAGAUAAGAAUUGCCAGUUCAUGAAAGAUAUCAAAGGAAAAAAUCACCACUUAUUUGGGAAAUCCAGCAAAAAGAAGCGUCAACAAUUGAAAGAAUCAAUGUUCAAACCUACAGUUUACGAUGUAUCCACUCUUACUUGCCCCACCCCUUUCAAUUCUCCGCCUCCUUCUCCACCAAUUAGAGCAGGCCCUGCUGUAACAUCAAUCGGAACUUCACCAAUCAGAGUCUAUGAUGAGAAUGGAAACCAGUCGACAAUGACAAAAAGCAUUAAAUCAGAAUCAAAAUGAAAUAAGCAAUUUCCAUUAUAUUUCCUGUGUAAAACAUAAGUUUAAUUUCGCAAGUACUAAGCUUGUGAUCUCGAGGCUGUGAUAAUUGCUAUAAUACAAUGAUAGUUCAACUAUUCACUGCAUUUCCAAGGGAGAUUAUAUUCAUAAUUUCAUAAUAUUACGGCUUGAUGGGCUUUCAUUGCUAUAAGUACUACUUUGCUUUGAUGGCAGGCUCAGCUAUUCACUGCAUUUUCAGGGAGACUGAUUUACUGAUUUAGUGACGAAUGAAAAUAUGAUAAAUUAAAUUUCCAAUCAUGUUUUUUUUUAUCUACGCAUCAAAUAUCUCAUAUUUUUUGUUUAUUAUGCCUAUGGUUCCAUUACCAAUCGUGUUCUCUAUUUUCUUCUUUUUUUUUACGUCAUACGACAGGUUGCAACACAUUAUGUUGAAUUCAGUCAUUUUAUUAUUCAUUCCAUUGCAAACCAUGUUCCACUUUUUCUGCUCAUCCUAUGUUGCAUGUUUCUUGUGCCGUAAAUUUGAGUGUAAUGAGAGAGACAGGGACUUGGACUCGAGAAGAUAUGUCAUAAAACAGGUUGCAGACUUCUAUUCUGCUCCCAUGGUAAUAUUUUGUUUUGAAUUUUGCUUGUUUUAUUACAUCUUUCCAUGUUAUUGCUGCAAUUCAAUUCAAUUGAUUUUGUUUCCGUUUUUUAUUGCUAUUCCAUGCUCCUUGUACUGUGAAUCUGUUAUGGAACGGUGAGACUUAUGCUGAAGUAGCUAUAUCGUAUGACAGUUUGCAAACCCUAUUCCAAAUUUAUUUUGUUUCGUUUCAUCGUGUUGUUGUUAGGGUGCUGUGCGAUUUACAAUUAUGCUUUACUUUUUCUACGGAUCUGUUAUCUGGGACUUUAAGCUGGAAAAGCUGUGUCGCAUUGAAAGACUGAGAAUCUUAUUUUAGUCUGCUUCAGAUUUUUUGUUCCGAAUUCUUCAGUUUUUUUACCCUGCGACGUUAUAGCUGUAAAUCGGAAGUUUUUUGAUUUCAUUGUUUCAUUGAAAUGAUUUCAUUCAUUCUGUUCUUUUCUAUCAUUUCCAAUCAUGUUCAUAUUUUUCCAAUCUUCUAAAACUUGAUUUGUUGUAAACAUGGCUCAUUGAAAAGUAUUACAAUUCACAAAACCAUAUUUUCCGGUUUAUAAUUUUUUUUUAUCGUCAUUUUAGUGAUUCGUGUUUCUUGAUGAUUCCUUUAGUUGCCUCAUGCAAAAUGCUUCUUGGUUUGUGUUAUGUUUUUCCUGUGUUAUUUUUGUGGUUCACUGUGCACCAUGUUACAACAAACACUGUUGCUUAUUGAGGUUGUUUUCUUUAUUAAAAUCUGACCAAUCAUAUCAUUACAUGCGGAUUUGAAUCGA